AAAAAAAUAAUUAAUUUCUAACGUCUCUUUCUCUAUGUAUUUUAUAUCAUAAUUAUCCUAAUGCAAAUAGCUUUGUCCUUUCCCCAACGAAAGUGGUAUCAGAGCAAUAAAGUCUCCUGAGCGGUGGGUAACGAUGGAAACAAAUGGCAGUGGCUCCAUUGGCUUUUCUCAACCCGUUAUUCCUAUUUUCAAAGGAGAGUGCUAUGAAUUUUGGAGUAUCAAAAUGAAGACCCUCUUCAGAUCUCAAGACCUUUGGGAUUUAGUGGAGACUGGCUUCAACAAAAAUGAAGCAGAUGAAGGGCAUUUGAGGGAAAAUAAGAAGAAAGAUUCAAAGGCAUUAUUCUUUCUUCAACAAGCAGUUGAUGACACCAUUUUUUCUAGAAUUGCAAUGGCAUCGACCUCAAAGGAGGGUUGGGAAACACUGCAGAAAGAAUUUAUGGGCUCAUCAAAGGUAAAGGCAAGGGUAGGCUGAAUCAACCAUGAGUUGGAGAGCUCUAGGGGCGAGGUGUACAUUGUCAGCUCCUCGGCCGCCACGGUUGAGAAAUUGUACAGGGACAGAAACCUAAAAUGUAUAUUUUUCCAUUAGAGUGGCUUGAAAUAUUUGUAACUCUUGGAAUUUGUUGUAACUAAGACGUCUAAAUCCUGUUUUGAGUUUCCAUGUAUUAAACCGUCAUUUCUAAUGAAAAUAACCUGUUUG